AUGCGCUUCACCUUCGAAACCAGCGCUCUUCUCGCGCUCCUCCCCCUCGCUCUCGCCGACUCUUUGACCCUCUAUCUCCCCUCCAACCCGAACCCCUUCAGCAUCCCCGCCAACACGCACGCCACCCUCUCCUCCGCAGGCGUCCACUUCUCCGCGCCACUGUCCUCCGCCAACACGCACGCCACCCUCUCCUCCGCAGGCGUCCACUUCUCCGCGCCACUGUCCUCCGCCAACACUUUUGUCUUUCACAACGUCACGCCUGGCUCGUACCUUGCUGAUGUUCACUGUCCGACUGAUGCGUUUCAUCCGUUGAGGAUUGAUGUUCAGCUUGCGGAGGAUGGGGAGGAGGGAAUCGUGAGGGCUUGGGAGACGUAUCGGGGCAACGACUGGGGGAAUAAGGGGGAGGUCGUGCAGGUGAAGGAGGGGAGUAAGGGGCGAGGCUUUGAGCUGCGGGCUAUUGGGGGAAAGAAUUACUUCAUGGAGAGGCCGCAGUUCUCGGUCUUUGCUAUCCUCAAGAACCCCAUGAUUCUUAUGGCUCUCGUCAGUCUGGUUCUCAUGGUGGGCAUGCCGAAGCUCAUGGACAGCAUGGACCCUGAAAUGCGCGCCGAGUUCGAGGCCCAGCGAAAGAGCAGCCCCCUGAGCGCCGCCAUGACCGGUCAGUCAUCCGGUGACAAUCCUCUUACCAACUUUGACAUGGCUGCGUAUCUCGCUGGUUCCAAGCCCAAGGAGAGCACCCCAGCCAGCAGCGGUGGUAACGGCAACACUAAGAAUCAGGGCGUCAGACGGUAA